GAGGCUGCAUUUGAAUUCAGGUCUGUCUGAUUCUGGGUCUGGCACUCUAUUUACUCUGUCACUUGGUGGAAAAUGUAUAACAAAAUAAAUAAAAAUACAGCAAAAUACAGAUAAAAUAUCGCAUUUAAAAAUUAAAUCAAGAUAAUGCCUGCAGGAUCCUUCCUUAUGGAUUAGUGGCCCCCAUUUCUAUUUGAGUUGGAUCUCAGUUCUCUGUAACAGUUGACACUAUUGAUUGUUACUUCUACUAUUUGAAUUCUGAGAAACUACAUUCCUGGUCUUUUACCUUUUCACGUAUUUUAGACUGUAGCUAAACUAUACUAAUUACCCUUCUUCAACAAUGCCCUACCUUCCUAUUUGUAUACCUUUGCUCACUGUUUCCUUUAUCUAGUGAACAUCACAGUUUUGCUUGUUGAAAUAAGACAUAGCUGAGAUGUCUCCUGUUUCAAAAAUUCAUAUCUUUACUUCCUCCCAAUUAGAAAAGAUCUUUGCUUUAUUCACAUGACAGUAUAACAGUAUAGAGGUAAAUAUCAUUUCACACUUAGGUUGAAAUAAUUUACAUAAGUACAAGAUGGACUAAUUUUUCUGAAAUAAAUUUGGGAUUGUUUAUGGACUGCAAGGUAACUAAGAAUGAGCUGUACGAUGUGGCAAGCUAGAAAAGCUGAAGCGUUUUUAGGCAAUAUUUAGAAAAAGGACUAGGAAGGUAAUAGUAUUACUGUACUUUGCACUUCAAAAUUCUGGGUGCCAUAUUUUAGAAAAAAUGUUUUAAGUUGGAGAGAGGCAAAUGAGUACAGUGUAAGACCUUGAAUAUCAUGCCAAAAGAGGAUCAGCGGGAGGAAUUGAGGAUGUUUAGUCUGAAGGAGAAAAAAUUUCAUGGAGAAUAUAGGAAAUAAUACUUUUCAUGUAUUCAAAGGGCUGUCAAGUAGAAGAGACAUUCUUCAGUGAUCAAAGUGAAGGAAUAGAGAUUGGAUUAUGAACAUGUUCUAUCAAGAGUGGAGGAAGAAGGGGGACCAAAAGAGUUUGUGUCAGACUGCCUCAUUCUUCUCACUGAAGCAUAAAACUCUAAAUUAGAUGAUGUUUUGGAAGGCACAGGAGUAUAGGGCACAGGAUCACAUCUCUUAUGUGGUGCAGAACAAUUUGGGAUGUGUCAUUUGUGCCAGAAGAGGAUACAUGGGCUGAUUUUCAACUUGGACACUGUGGUGGUGGCUCAGGUUACACUUUGUGAAUAUUUUUGGAAAUGACUGUAGCAGCUGUGGACUUGGCCCUAUCUCCUCCUGGUUUGGAAGAUGAAUAUAACACCCUCCUAACCCAAGACGCUGUUCGCUUUCUAGCUGAAUUGAUCUCCACUUUUGAACUGGACGUAGAUAAGAUCCUACAACAGCGAAUUGCUCGAAAAGUUCAGUUGGAUCUAACCAAUGGCCUCCCAGACUUCUCUACUCAUACGUCCCAUAUUCGCAAAGACAAAACAUGGAAAGUGUUGCCAGUUCCUAGGAGACUACAAAACCGGCAGGUGGAUAUUGGUGAUACUGCACCUUACCAAACUGAGAGAUUCCUCAGUGCCUUAGGAUCUACUGCACAGGGCAUUCAGGUUGAUUUCGAUGAUGGCAAUUGUCCAACUUUCUUUAAUCAAAUUAAGGGUAUCUAUAACGUUGUCCAAGCUGUUCAUCAUAAAUUUCCAGGUGCUCCACCCAUAUCCAAAGCCCCUGUUCUUAUGCUUAGACCAAGAGCCUGGAACAUGGUAGAACACAAUAUGAUGGUGAAUGGAAAGCAAGUUCCAGGACCCCUCUUUGAUUAUGGUCUGCUGAUGUUCCAUGUGGGGAAAAUCUUAUAUGAUAAUGAAAGUGGCCCCUUCUUUUAUCUUUCAAAGGUAGAGAGUUAUCAGGAAGCCAGACUGUGGAAUAACAUAUUUGUCUGGACCCAGAAAAAGCUAAAUAUGCCUAUCGGUACCAUCAAAGCCACUGUGUUAAUAGAAAGCAUUCUGGCCUCAUUUGAGAUGGAAGAGAUUUUGUAUGAACUGAGAGACCAUUCUGCUGGCUUGAACUGUGGCAUCUGGGAUUAUUCUGCCUCUUUUGUCUCCAAAUUUGGUCAUCGAGCUGAAUUCUUGUUGCCAGACAGGAGCAAGUAUGUUAACAUGGAAAAGCUUUUCCUCAAGAGUUAUAUGGAUUUACUGGUGCAAACAUGUCACAGACGAGGAGCUCUGGCAACUGGAGGGAUGGCUGCCUUGUUAUUACCAAAGGACCAAAACAGUGACAGCUACCAGUCAGUCUUAGCAGCUGUUAAACGGCUCAAAUUGUUUGAAAUUAAGGCUGGAGUGGAUGGAUUUAUGGUGUAUGAUAUUGGUUUGGUGGAACCAAUGCAGAAGCUCUUUAAGGAAUAUACAAGAGGUCCCAAUCAGUUACAUGUCAUUCCUGAAGGGGUGAACAUUACUGCAACAGAACUACUAACCAUGCCUGCAGGAGGUGUCACCCUCCAUGGCCUGAAGUAUAACAUUGCUGUUGGAGUGCUCUUCAUAUAUUCUUGGCUGAAAGGAGAAGGUCAUUUUUACUAUCGUGGUCAAGUUGAAGAUUCAGCAACUGCAGAGAUUUCCAGGUCACAGGUAUGGCAGUGGAUUCGUCACAGAGCUAAAUUAGAAGAUGAUGAGAGAAUGGUGGUGUCAAGGAGUCUCGUUCACAACUUAGUCAAGGAAACGAAGAAUGAACUACAAGACUUUUACUGUCAAUCUGAAAGAGCAAAACAGCUGCUGCACACUGCAACUGAAAUAUUCCUGGAAAUUGUUCAGAAAAAAGAUUUCCCUGAAUUCAUCACAACCUACUUAAACCUGGACCAUACUUUCCUGGUAUCAUCUUCCUACAAUCAUAGCUUUCAUUCCACAGCUGUAGUUGCUAUUCAUAGUACAGUGCAAACCAAAUCUAGGCUGUGAAGAACCAGUGUUUAACAAAGCCAACAAGAGUCAUCACUGACACAGAGUAAUUCUUCCCUCACUAUUUGAAACAGUAAACUUGUCCCCACUUUUUUACUUUCUCCUCUGGCUUGUACCAAUAGGUACUUUUAAAAUUGAAUUACCUACCCUAAAAUAAAAUCUAAUAACCCUCUCUUGAACUGUUUGGUAGGGGCUUAGGGUUUGUUUUUUUUUGUUGUUGUUUUUUAAAGACUAGGUGAGACAGUAAUGGCUGAAUUGUAAAGGAAAAUAGUCAGUACAUAGAUCAGUAAUCCAUGUAGAUUAAAAUGAUAUUGACCUUCAGAAACUUCACCAGUUCCCAGCAAUAAACUAAGCUGUUCAGCAUGGAUUCAAACUAUUUCUUUCCCUUCUUGCUUUCCUGAACCCAAUUUCUCAUUGUUCCCACCCCAUCCUAAAAUGUCAGGUCAUUCCAAAUUCAUGAGUGAGCCAAAUGUGAUGAAUUAAUUACCACCCCUCAAAGCAAAGUGACACAUAUAGGAUUUAAAUUACGAUGUUUUAGGGGUAGUGUCUGAAUGUAAAAUGAAGGAAGUCAAGGUUCUCAGACCCUAAACAAUUUAUGCACUUUAUCAAGUAAACCUGAAAGAGAAUAUAAGAUUUAUUCAAUUGUUCCAGUAAAGAUUGAGUUGGAUUACAAUAUACACAUUAGGAAUUUAUCUCUUAAAGGGUGGUAUCUGCAGUAAGAGUUAUGAGUAGUCAUGGUCAUUCUAAGACAAUCUACAGCCAUUUUUACAGUCAAGACAAUAGAUGAAUUUCAAUUCAAUAUACAAUAGAGUUUAAACAUAAUUCACACACCCCACCCCACCCCAUCAUAUGGCUGGUGCCUCCUCAAGCACCUCAUCUGCGGCAGAGGUAGCACACCAGUUCUCACAACAUGGAGAACUUAAGUUGCCAGAGGAGAAGUUUUUUCUUUUUUUUCUUUUUUUUUUUUUUUUUAAAACAAUAAUACAUUGCCAUCUUUCAAGAUGUUCCUGAGACUGGGCCAGGUAAUAAAAUAAAAACAAAAAAUGGGAUUCGGUUUGUACUUUUUAUACCAUUAAGAUGUGGUUUGUAAGUACUUAAUAAUGGACCAGGAAAAAGUUGGUUUUUAGCCCAACAGACAGUUCAUUUGACAAGAAUUAGGUCAAAGUCUUCCUGAAAAAUCCCUCCUCAGAACUGACUUUCUAUAAUCUAAAAGUACCACAAAAAUGUCAAGUGUAUAUACAGUCUAUUCAUUUUUACUCAACCUUGUUAUUUGCUCAAAUACUGCAAAGGCCAUUAAUGAGAGACUGUGGAGCCCAAGGCUAGUUCUCAUUGUUUCAUAGGUUUAGCAUAUUAAGGCUCAUUUUCUCAAUCAAAACGAUUUACAUAGCAGGCUUCAGUUUUCCCUUAAUUAAAAGAUUGGUGAAUUAAGUUCACAGUACUAGCUGCCACCCUAGCCUUUGUUGAGAUAGAUUAUAAUUCCAAGCAGUACUACUUUUGCAUCUAGGGAUUUCCCUGACACCAAGCACUUAGUAUAUACUACAUAAAGCUUCCGUUUGCACCAGCAUUAACAUAUCAAUGUUAUAACUGUACAUUACAUUACCUCUGAUUUGCACCUGUGUCUGUUUCCAUCUGUGUAUAUUCACAGAAGCCCAAUACCUAUUAGUUGAAAUAUUCACACAACUGUUUUUCAAAACAUUUUAUUGCAUCAUAUUUGGUACCUUAUGUUUGACAACAAAAAGGAAAUUACAUCUGUAACUGCAGGAAUAAGAAGCUGGUCUGUUAUUGAAAAAAAAUCUUGGGCCCUUUAAAAGUUACAAAGUCUUGGGCUUGCCUGAAACAACUGAGCAAGAAAUAUAUUCUUAGAAAUGUAGGGCUUCAAGUAUUACAAACCUGUGACA